AUGUAUCGACUUCUCACUAUCGCGUCGUCCCUUCUCGCUGUGGCUCAGAGCCAAUUGGUGGGAACCCAGCAAUCGGAGACACACCCUUCAAUGACAUGGCAGCAAUGCACGGCGAAGGGCAGUUGUACCAGUAAGAGUGGCAAAGUCGUCGUUGACGCUAACUGGCGUUGGCUCCACACCAAGUCCGGCUACGACAACUGCUACACCGGAAACGAAUGGAACUCGACGCUUUGCAAAGACAACAAGUCAUGUGCGACGAACUGUGCUCUUGACGGCGCCGAUUACAAGGGGACCUAUGGAAUUACUGCAAGUGGCAACUCCUUGCAGUUGAAGUUCGUAACCAAAGGAUCCUACUCCACUAACAUCGGCUCUCGCACCUACAUGAUGAAGGACGACUCUACUUAUGAGAUGUUCAAGCUUGGUGCCAACACAGAGUUUACGUUUGAUGUCGACGUUUCGAAUCUUCCUUGCGGCCUCAACGGUGCCCUCUACUUUGUCUCCAUGGAUGCCGAUGGCGGCAUGAAAAAGUACUCCACCAACAAGGCUGGUGCCAAGUACGGCACUGGCUACUGCGAUGCGCAAUGCCCGCGCGACCUUAAGUUCAUUAACGGCGAGGGCAAUGUCGAGGGCUGGAAGCCGUCUUCCAACGAUCAGAAUGCCGGCGUUGGUGGCCAUGGAAGUUGCUGCGCUGAGAUGGAUAUCUGGGAGGCCAACAGUGUUUCGACUGCUGUCACACCCCACUCUUGCAGCACAAUUGAGCAGAGCCGGUGCGACGGCGACAAAUGCGGUGGAACAUACUCUGCCGAUCGAUAUGCAGGUGUAUGCGAUCCUGACGGGUGCGACUUCAACUCUUACCGUAUGGGAGUGAAAGACUUCUACGGAAAGGGCAAGACUGUGGAUACCUCGAAGAAAUUUACUGUGGUCACUCAAUUUGUCGGCUCAGGUGCCGAUCUGGAAAUCAAGCGCUUCUAUGUGCAGGGCGGCAAGGUGAUUCCCAACUCGCAGUCCGCGAUUUCUGGCGUUGAAGGCAACUCCAUCACGACUAAAUUCUGCGACCAGCAGAAGCAGGUCUUCGGAGACACCUACACAUUCAAGGACAAGGGCGGAAUGGCGAACAUGGCAUCGGCACUUUCGAAGGGUAUGGUGCUCGUCAUGUCUCUGUGGGAUGACCACUACUCCAACAUGCUGUGGCUCGACUCUACCUACCCCACGGACAAGGAUGCAUCGACGCCCGGAAUUGGCCGCGGCGAGUGUGAGACCGGCUCCGGUGUACCUGCCGAUGUAGAGUCCAAGAACGCCGAUUCUUCUGUUAUCUACAGCAACAUCAAGACUGGCCCGCUGAACUCCACCUUUGGUUAG